AUAUAAAAAAGAAAGACUUUAGUAGAUCGACUACUACUCGUUUAUAAAGAGUGGGGUUGCGUGUGUUAGUUUAAUGGAGUUUUUAAUUUAAGAUAGUUAUAGUUGGUACCCGAGUGGUUUCAUUAUGUUAUUGAGAAGCACAUCUGCUCCGAUACUGAACUCGUGGCUUCCACAACACUGCACGAGAGAAUCGUCUCCAGAGCCGGAGUCACAGCUCCAGCGCCGGUCAAGGUCGUUGUCUCUUUUCUCAUCAAAGUCCAUAGAUGGACACACCGGUGAGCAGUUGCACCAAGCUCUCUCCGAGCAGAAGGAUAUUGUUCUUAAAUCAAGAAGCAACGAGAACCACAACGAAAACCCAACACCACCACGCAGGCAACGCAGGUCAUCUUUAGAUGAAACACGCUACGCCAAAAAGACUUUGGAUCCCUCGUCAACUUUCUUAGUGGAUAGGCUGUUCUCGAGCUCAGGACUGGGAGAAAAGACCAGCAAUUAUGAUGAUCGUCUUGAGACUCUUGUGAGUGGUGGUGGCGGCGGGAUGGGCAGCAGCGGCGGCAAGAUUUGCACCGGCGGCGGUGUCGGUGGAAGUGGUGUUGACGGCGGCGGAAGUGAGGACGCUACCGAUAAGUAUUACAAAGAGAUGAUCGAUUUGAAUCCAGGAAACUCGCUUUUGACUGGAAACUACGCCAAGUUCUUAAAAGAGGUGAAAAGAGACAUGAAGAAAGCAGAAGAGUAUUGUGAAAGAGCGAUUUUGGGGAACACCAACGAUGGAAACGUCCUCUCUCUCUACGCUGAUCUCAUUUUGCACAACCACCGAGAUCGUGAAAGAGCCCACUCGUACUAUCAACAAGCCGUCAAAAUGUCCCCCGAGGAUUGCUAUGUGCAAGCUUCAUACGCAAGGUUUCUAUGGGAUGUGGAAGAGGACGAAGAUGAAGGAGAAGAAGAAGAAGAGAGGAGUGAUGAUAUUGGCCAUGUUCCUCCAAAUACUACUACCAUAUUCCGUGAUUUUUCCCAACACACUUCUAUUACCGCAUCAUCGUAAUAUAUCAAGACACAUGUCUAAUCGUGUGUUCGUCGUAUUUAAAAUAAAUAUAUAGCAUAUAGAUGCAUGUUUAAUAGCCAUGUGCAAAUGCGGUAUGCGUGUAAAAACAUACAUAUUACGGAAUAUUGUAUAAUAUGGAUAUGUUUUUCUGUGUUCCA